UUACAAGUUGAAUUAUCGGUUCAAACUAGAAAAUAAAAACAGGUCUCCCAAGGCCCAACCUCCGCUUCGGUUUAUCUUCUUCUUCCCCCGCAAUUCUGAAUCUCGCAUCAUUUGCAAUCUGCGACUCACGCGACGCGCUCCUCGUCCGCUCAUCGUCGUCGUCGUCGUCGUCGUCGUCGAGGGAGAGGAGGAGGAGGAGGAGGAGGAGGAGAAAGAGGGGAGAGAGGCGACGCGUCGAUCGACAUGGGGGGCCUCACCUGGGAAGGAGACGCCUCCUCCGCGGAUGAGCGCAAGAACCUCCUCGUCCUCCCCGUGGAGGACGACGCCCCCGAUGGCCCCCUCUUCUCCUCGUCGUCCUCCUCCGCCGCCGCCGCUCCGCCUCCAGAGGACCUCUUCCGGAUCGGGUACGCCGUGUUCUUCACCCUUGGCGCGGGGUUCCUGCUCCCGUGGAACGCCUUCAUCACCGCCGUGGACUACUUCAGCUACCUCUACCCGGGCGUCCCCGUGGACCGGGUCUUCUCCGUCUCCUACAUGCUCUCCUGCCUCGUCCCCCUCCUCUUCAUCGUCGGGUGGGCGCACAAGUCCAGCGCCCCGCUCCGCAUCAACUCGGGCCUCGCCCUCUUCACCCUCGCCCUCUUCAUCGUCCCCAUCAUGGACGCCCUCUACGUCAAGGGGGUGAGGGGCCUCUACCCCGCCUACGACGUCACCGUCGCCGCCACCGCCCUCUGCGGCGUCGCCGACGCCCUCGUCCAGGGCGGGGUCAUCGGCUCCGCAGGCGAGCUCCCCGAGCGCUACAUGCAGGCUGUGGUCGCCGGCACCGCCUUUUCUGGAGUCCUUGUCUCAAUAAUGAGAGUCUUUACCAAAGCUAUCUACCCACAAGAUGCCCACGGUCUAAGAAAGAGCGCCAUCCUCUAUUUCGUCGUCAGCAUUGUAGUGAUGGCCAUUUGUCUCGUCUGUUACAACAUAGCAGACCACCUCCCCGUCGUCCAACACUACAAGAACAUCAAACUGCGGGUUCUCAAAGAAGAGAGCAACGAGAAAAGCUCAAUGACUGGGUCUGCUUGGCGAUCAACCUUGUGGAGCAUUGUCGGAAGAAUAAAAUGGCACGGGUUUGGUAUAUUCCUCAUCUACGUUGUUACCCUCUCUAUAUUUCCGGGAUAUAUAACAGAGGACGUGCAUUCUGAAGCCCUUAAAGAUUGGUAUCCAAUUAUUCUCAUUGCGGGAUAUAAUAUCUUCGAUCUGGUUGGGAAAUCACUGCCGGCCCUCUAUUUGCUUGAGAAUGCGGAUAUUGCGGUUGCUGGGUGUGUUGUGAGGCUGCUGUUUUAUCCCCUCUUCUUGGGUUGUUUGCAUGGACCCAAAUUCUUCAGGACUGAAAUUCCGGUCACGGUAUUGACAUGCCUUCUCGGAUUAACAAAUGGUUAUCUCACUUCUGUGUUGAUGAUUCUUGCACCCAAAACUGUGCCCAUACAGCAUUCAGAGACUGCAGCGAUUGUGAUAGUUCUAUUCCUAGUUAUUGGGUUGUCAGUUGGCUCUGUUGUGUCUUGGUUUUGGGUCAUUUGAUAGAAGUUUUAUGUCAAAUCUGCUUCUUGAUUGAUGUUUAAGUUGUGCUAUACUGGGUGGCUGUUGGUUGGUUUGUAUCUGAUACAUAGCUUUACUAGAUGUUUCACUGUGUCGAAUUGUUUAUAUCACCGUUUAAGUUUACCUCAUUCUUCUCUCGAAAGCUGCAGAACUACAAUCAUGUGUAGCCCGUUGACAAACAUUAUGUAACCUUCUGUUCAGUGCUCGUCAAUAAAAGAAUAAUUUAGAAUAUCA